CCGCGACUUCCUCACCGAACACCACUCUGGGGCUGCGCGACGCGUGACUACUCGUAUCUCCACCUGCACAUUCAUCCAUACGUGAUAAUCGAUCAGCCCGUACAGCGGAGAAGUUGAUCGAGUGCCCUGUUCACUCCUCUCGCGCCGCAACUACACGCCUAUCCACCGUCCCCCCUCCGAAGCACUCGCCAUGGCGGACCUCUCCAUCGAGGAGGCCAACAAGAUCCGCCUGUCCAUGGGACUGGCGCCUCUGCCAGUCCCUGGCGCGGCGGCCCCCUCCGGCCCGGUCUUUAAGCCAGCGCACGCGGGCGACGACUCUGACGAGGAGCCCGCAAGCACCAUCGAGUCGCGCCAGGCCGCCGGCUUCGACAAUUGGAAGAAGUUGCAGGAAGAGGAAGCCGCGAAGAAGAAGCGCGAGGACCGUCUCGCCGCAAUCAAGAAGGAGCGCGAGAAGGCCGCGCGCUUUGCGAAGCUCGAGGGCAAAGGCCUGGCUGAUGCUGCCGAGGAUGAGGACGACAUGGCCUGGCUCAAGGGCUCUAAGAAGCGCCAGAAGAAGAUCGCCAAGGCUGAGCAGAUGCAGAAGGAGCUCGAGGAGCGCGAGCGCCAGGCGAGGGAGGCCUUGCAGUACACAGAGGCUGAUCUGGCCGGCGUGAGGGUUGGCCACGAGGUUGACCAGUUUGAAGACGGCGAGGAUCAGGUGCUGGUGCUCAAAGACACUGCUGUCGAUGCAGAAGAGGACGACGAGCUCGAAGCUGUUUCGCUCAAGGAGCGCGAGCGUCUGCAGGAGAAGCUCGAUUCGAAGAAGCGGAAGCGCGCCUACGAUCCGAACGACGACGGCCAGAAGUCGAUUCUUGCCCAGUAUGACGAGGAGAUCGAUGGCAAGAAGCGCAAUGCGUUCACACUUGAUGGCCAAGGCAGGACAGUGGAACAAGUCCAGGCGGAAGCUGCAGGCGCGACGCAGCCCAAGCGAGUCGCAAUCAGUCUCGACAUCCUGCAAGAGGACGCUCCGAUCAACGACUACAUGGACAUAUCGGAGGUGAAGAUGAAGAAGCCAAAAAAGAAGAAGUCGAAGUCGUCCAAGAGGAGGCGUGUUGAGGACGACGAAGACAUGAUCGCUCUACCAGACGAGCCCGCCGAGGAGAUGGAAGUGGACGAGUCGGAGACCAAGUUUGCCCCGAGGAAGGCAAAGAAGAACCUCUUUGACGAAUCCUUCGUAGACGAUGACGAUCUGCAGGCGCAGCUGGCCGCCCAACGUCGGCAGGCACUGAAGAAGCGAAAGAAGAUGCGUCCGGAAGACCUUGCUCGACAACUCCGCGAGGAUGGAACCUCUGCGCCACAGACGCCCGGUGAGGUCGUAGACUCCACGGAACUCGCUGAAGAAGAUGGUGCUCUCAUCAUUGACGAGACUACCGAGUUCGUUCACAAUCUGGGUGCCAAUGCUGAGGAUGAAGCAGAGGAGGCGCGAAGGCGUCAGCAACGCAAGAGCAGCCAGAUUCCCAAGGGUGUCGGCUCUCCAGCAGUCGAAGUAGAUGACGAGGGCGAUGUUGAUAUGGCGCAAUCGUAUGCAGAAGCGGCGGAAGCGGAGGAUCGCGAACGCAGCGCAUCACGGGCGAAAUCACCCGACCUCACAGGCACUGGUCUCGACGACGAAAAAUUGGUCAGUGGUGGUAUUGGUGCGACACUCGCACUUCUCAAACAGCGAGGCCUCGUCGCAAAUACCGAGGGUCCCGACAAGAAUUCUCUUUGGCGCUCGCGAGAAAAGUUCCUUGCCGAUAAACUCAGGGCCGAAGAGGAGGUGGAACGGGAACGCAGAGAGGACCGCGAACGCCAGCGCAACUCUGCACGCUGGGCGACCAUGUCCGCACGCGAUCGUGAAGAAAACAAUCGCCAAGCCAACGCGAAGUCGGAGAAGGAGGUUGCCCGCAAACUCGCGGAUAUCUAUAACAAGGAAUAUAAGCCGACGUUUCAGCUCACGCAUACUGACGAGCACGGCAGACAGCUUAACGAGAAAGAGGCAUUCAAGCUGCUUAGUCACCAGUUCCACGGCAAGGGCAGUGGAAACACGAAGACGAAGAAGCAUCUCGACAAGAUCGAGCAAGAGAAGAGGAAAAUUGCAGAGAAUUCUUUGGAUACGAGAGCCGGUGGUCUCAGCAAUGCGCAGGAUCAGCAGGCGAAGAAGAACAAGUUUGCUGGUGUACGGCUUCAGUAAUGGCUCCCACGACGUCGUCACGGAACACUGGAGUCGGUUUUUUUCAGGCUAGGUUCGAGCCCACAUCAGUGAUGGUAUGUCGUUGCUGUGUCCCGCUGGCUAACAUACAGGUUCGCCUUGCUCUAUGUAUGCGUUGCAUUUAACCUGGUCUGUCCAGUAUCCCCAGCUCUUGUAGUCAUUAUGUCAGGCCAAGUAUCGUGUUUUUCUUUCCUGCUGUGCAGAAUUGCAUAAAUCACUG